GACGCACCCGCGAGUUCCGCGAAGUGCCAGCUUUUUGAGUUUAGCGGUCUGGGUUGUGUCGGACACUUAAUCACCGCCCGGGAGGGGGACGCCAGAAUUUCGGUGCUUUGCAGAGGGAUCCAAGCCAGUCCGCCGAGCCUCCGCUGCCGACGAGAGAACCGGAGCUCGGCCUGCGGGAGAGGCCGGGAAGCCUGGGCGGGGCGUGAGGGGCGCGGGGGAAAGGGCGCCCGCGGGCCAUGGCGCCACCUCCGGAGGUGGGUCCCGCGUCUCUGCGGGUGGCAGCUGCCGCCAGCUGGCUGGUCGUCCGCCAACGUCGCGUGGAGCACUUCCCCAGAGUGGUAGAGUUUCUGCAGUCCCUGCGUGCAGCCGCUCCCGGCUUGGUUUGCUACCGACACCACGAACGUCUGUGUAUAGGCCUAAAAGCCAAGGUGGUGGUGGAGUUGAUCCUGCAGGAGCAACCCUGGGUCCAGGUCCUCAAUGCCUUGGAUCAUCACUUCCCAGAGUCCAGACCGGAACCACUGGACCCUGCAACUAAAAGGCGAGAUAGGAAGAUUUUGGAAGCCCGGGAGAAUUUUUGCCUGCAAGUGAAGCAGCUGUCAAAGGCUGAGGAUUUGGCUUCGAGCCUGCUGGAACUCAAACAAGACUAUGGGGAACACUUUCUAGCUGCCAUGGAAAAGCUGUUAUUUGAAUACUUGUGUCAGCUAGAAAAAGCACUGCCUACAGUCAAGGCACAAGAGCUUCAGGAUGCCCUUAGUUGGCUUCAGCCUGGCUGUUUUGUCACCUCUUCUGUUGCUUUGCGCCACUAUGGUAUGGAUAUGGGAUGGCCAUUUCCAGAAAGCUCUGCUUCUGGCUCAGUGAAUCUGACAGAACCUGUGGAACAGAGUUCUCGUCAGCAAGCAAAACCAGCACUCCACAGUCCUCUGCCUGAAGCUAAGCCUGGCCUUCACCAGCCAACUUCACGGGAGCACCCAGAACAUUUAGCUGGCAGCCGCUUUAACCUGGCCCCUCUAGGGAAGCGAAAAUUCCGAUCACAGUGGACAUCUGCAAAAGGUUGUCAUAAAGAGCGGCCUACAGUCAUGCUGUUCCCCUUUAGGAAUAUGGACUUAACAGCCCCAAAUACAUCUAACUGGAAAAACAGGGAAGAGCGUGGAGUGGACACAGCGGGUUCUGUGGGUACAAAAACAGUUUCCACUGGGAAAUCCAAGACUGCAUCUCAGACCAUGGGGAAAAGGGCUCCAAAAGAGAGCCUCCCUGACAUACCUGCUGCAGAGGAAAUGGAGAACUCUGUGAAUUGCUACAUGGAUCCUCUGAAACUGUCAUUAUCACCUCCUAGACCCAAGAAACCAGUAGCAGUGCAGUCCCCGUCUCUGUGUGGCUCUGUUAUUACCAUAGGGGACCGGGUUUUGGACUCUGAUGAGGAAGAAAAUAGCCAGAGGGAAAGAAAGGAACUGUGCUUCCUUCUCUAUAGGAGUCUCUGAAAAACUAUCAGAAGACAAAGUUUGGCACCUUUAUCCCCAUGUUUUGUGACUACAUGCCCGAGUCCUGCCUGUUCGCUCCUGGCAAGAUAGCCAAUUCUAGGGUCCUGUAAUGGUUCUGGAAGGCCCUGCACUCUGCAGCUCUGUGUGCAGUUUAGAGGGGAUGAAAAGGAAACCCAGAGCCAAGCUGCCUGGCUACAUUGCUGAAGCUCUGUAAUGCUUGAAAAUUAAAACUUGAAUGUGUUACAAUGUCUUGAUGGGAAGAAGGGGAAUUAAGACUUCCUUCUAUGUAGGUCAUUCCUCAGGAACAUAACUGGCUUCCCUAGAGCUGGUUGAAGCCCUUCCCAUAUUUCCUUGCUUUGAAAGUGUUGUUCCGAUUUAUCUGGGUUAUCAGGGUUGAGAGCCUAGAAAUAAAUUAUGAGUGCUUGUUCUGUUAACAUUCUCUAAUGGCAGAAUUUGUUCUGCAAAUGUUCAUGCUACUAAGUUAUCUGGGACUGGUGACACUAGAGUGUAGGUGCUUCAUGAGAAUAGCACUCACUGUUACUGAUCCCAUACUCUGCCUAGGAGGAGUGUUUAGACACCAACUGUGCCGAUAGCCCAGCAUCUCUUUUUACCACCAAUAGGAUCUAUCUUUAUUAAAGUACUUCUAAGCUGUUUAGUUAUUUGAUGAUCUCAUUUAAUGAAGCCAAUUAACAUGAUUCCAAAAGCCUUCUUUUUCCAGACCAAGGCUUGUCAUUUAUGUAUCAGUCAGCAUCUUUUCCUCCUAGUCUUCAGGAUGCUGUCCCCAGAUUCCCAUUUGUUGAUCUCAUGUCUUCUUCCUUGCCUCCUCCCCAGUGAGUGCCCUUAGCAUUUUGUGUGUGCAGGAAGCGCAGUGACUACAGAAGCACUCAGGAGUGAGGUGAUUGGAGCUGAACUAAGUACACACAGCCACGGUAGCUGGAAGGAGAGAGAAGGCCUUAAGGCCCCAGUGGCAGAGUGUUGCUGCCUUGGGAAAGUAGACUUGUCAGGUUAUCGGGAAUCACUGAAGAUUGGAUUCACUUGCUGGGUGACUCGGAUAAAGGUAGUUCUCCGACUCAACUCCUUCAGUUUAGCAGCCCCUACAUAUGUGCAUGUAGACCGGAUGCCUCCUAGGAUGUCGCGAAUAGUAUGUUCCACAUCCCCUUUAAAAGGAACUUCUACUGUCUUUCCCUCUGAGGCCCUUGAAAAAGAAAAACUUUUAUUGCCUAUUCAUAAUUUCUCAAGCCCAGUGACUCUUCUGUCUCUAAAAUUUAUAACCCCUUUACCAUUUUUCUCCCACGAAUGGUACCCAAAAUUUCCCAGGAGGCAUGACACGAUCUUCCAUAGCCAUAUUCACCAACACUCACAUUAGCCUUCCAUACAUACCUGUACUCAGCCACACCUCCUGAAUAUUUCUUCAUGGCCAUUUCAGAACUCAUUCCAUAGAAGAGCUUGUACUUCUUGCCAUCCCUUUCAAUGAGUUCACCACCUGAUUCACUGUGCCCAGCCAGCAUGCCACCCAGCAUCACAAAGUCAGCCCCUGCCCCUGCCAAAGUCAAGGAGUUGGAAAAAAGGCCAAGGUACCCAUACAGCCACCUUCAAAAGCAGCUGUGUCAGAGUCAGUUCUGUGAACCAACAUCUUCUUGGGUCUGUUUGCACAGCUGAUCCAUAGUGCCUUGGGACUGCUCUGCCCUUGCCUCUGCUACCCAUUAGGACUAACUUCCUCAAGAUUUUUAAAGACCUGGACAUUCCCUGGCUGGUUUGUUUCUGCAUUCCUAUCUUCUGGUGAUUUCAUUUUAUUGCUCCCCAGCUGAGUGUGACUUUAGUCCCAAGAAGAUAGCUCUCCAAUUUUAAGAAUCACCUGGGAAACAAGAAAAUGGAGAUUUGCAGUUUUUUCCUCAUGGUGAUUUUGUAGGUUGGGUAUAGGGCUCAGAUACCUGCAUUUUCCAAAAAAUCUCAGGAUUUCCUCUGCUAGGUUGUCACAAGUGACACUUUAGGUUUCAAGGUCACUAGUUCAUAUUAUGAAACUGAAUGGCUUCCCGAGCUGCUGCUAGCCUGACCCUAGACCCUCAGAUGAUUACAGGAUCCUCUUCCUAUGCUUUCCCAGUCUCCUUACCAAAAGCCUUUGCCACAUCCCCAGGACAGCUGCAGCCUCCGUCCUACAAAGUAACAAACACUGUGAGAGACAGCAUGGACUUCUCAAGGCUUCACAACUGUCCAUAUCAAAAUGGACAUGAAAUCAGCUCCUGACCGGGACUUUACUGGGUCCCCACACCACAGAAAACAUAGCUGCUAGGCAGCCAGCCUCAACCCUCCCCAGCCCUUGGGUCUUACUGAGAUGAUAUGGCCUCUGAGGCCAUGAGCAGCAUCUGCACACUCCAUCACUGCGCUGAGCUGUGGAUACCCCACUCCAGUCUUCUUCCGAGUUGUACAAACAGAGCCUGGGAAGAACGUGACAGGUCACUACUUCCCAGUCCUGAAGCUCCCUGCCUUCAGAGGAAAUGAAAAGACAAUGAGAUGUGGGUCAAACCCCCAUCUGCCUAACUGCUUGGAGAGUGCGGGCAUUCCCUUCAAUGCUGUGAAGAAAACAGCCUUGGGUUGUUUCUAACAGGCUUCCGAAGGAAUAAAACAUGGUUUUAUACGCUA